UUCUCUUUCCUCAAAUAUAAAUAUGGGUUCAUAUGUUCAAUAACUCCAUCAUUUAUUUUUAAGCUAUUUGUCCAGAAGGAUACAACAUCUCUUUAGAAGACUUUUUGAUUGUAUAUAGAAUUGUAACCACAGAAGUUGAUCUAGAAUUUGAAUGUCUUCCCCAAAUCUGUAUUAUAAUUUUGGAAUCUGAAGCAGUAUUUUGAGAUGGAAAUAUAUAAAGCUAAUUGAACUAAGGUAUGAUGAAUCUGACUUUAUAAGAACCCGCAGUAAUCAUGAUGGCGACGCAGACAUUAAGUAUAGACAACUAUCAAGAUGGACAACAAAUGCAAGUAGUUGCAGAAUUAAAAACUGAGCAAGAUCCAAACUGCUUGGAAGCAGAUGCAGGAGGAUUGAGUCCUUCCCCGGUAGAGUCCCAGACGCCAAUGGAUGCGGACAAGCAGGCCAUUUACAGGCAUCCACUGUUUCCUUUAUUAGGACUGUUGUUUGAAAAAUGUGAACAAUCUACACAGGGAUCAGAAGGCACCACUUCUGCAAGUUUUGAUGUAGAUAUUGAAAAUUUUGUUAGGAAACAGGAGAAGGAAGGAAAACCCUUUUUUUGUGAAGACCCAGAAACGGAUAAUUUAAUGGUAAAGGCUAUUCAGGUUCUACGAAUUCAUCUGCUUGAGCUAGAAAAGGUUAAUGAGCUCUGUAAAGAUUUCUGUAGUCGUUACAUUGCCUGUCUGAAAACUAAAAUGAACAGUGAAACUCUACUAAGUGGAGAAUCUGGGAGCCCUUAUUCACCUGUACAACCCCAGUCCAGCAACUUUAAACAUGAUAAAGAUAGCUUGGAUUUGCUGGAGCAGCUGUCUUCAUGGAAAGAGUCACCCGAAAAUCCAAUCCAAAGUGCCAUCACAGGUACACUCAGCCCCCAGGGAAUUAUGGUGCCUGCAUCAGCACUGCAGCAGGGAAAUGUAACUAUGGCAACUGUAGCAGGUGGUACAGUUUAUCAGCCAGUGACUGUGGUCACACCUCAAGGUCAAGUAGUGACACAAGCACUAUCACCUGGAACCAUCAGGAUCCAGAAUUCACAGCUCCAAUUACAAUUAAAUCAAGAUUUAAGCAUCUUGCAUCAAGAUGAUGGGUCAUCAAAAAAUAAAAGAGGGGUUCUUCCAAAGCAUGCUACAAAUGUGAUGAGGUCUUGGCUUUUUCAGCACAUAGGGCAUCCAUAUCCAACAGAGGAUGAGAAAAAACAAAUAGCAGCACAAACAAAUCUGACAUUACUCCAGGUUAACAACUGGUUUAUCAAUGCAAGAAGGCGAAUUCUUCAGCCAAUGCUGGAUUCCAGCUGUUCUGAAGCUCCAAAAACAAAGAAGAAAACAGCUCAAAACCGACCAGUUCAAAGGUUCUGGCCAGACUCCAUUGCAUCAGGAGUAGUUCAGCAUCAAUCAAAUGAACUUACAAUGUCAGGUGGAGCCGUUGUAACAAUUACAGCUCCAGUCAACAUGAAUGUAGACAGUCUCCAGUCUCUUUCAUCUGAUGGUACAACUUUGGCUGUUCAACAAGUCAUGAUAGCAGGCCAAAGUGAGGAUGAAUCUGUGGACAGCACUGAAGACGAUGGAGCAGACCUUUCCACCACAAACAUCCGCGGGCUGGUCUUGGAUAACAGUGAUUCUCUGCAGUAGGAAGCAAGAGAAUCUGGCCUAAAACAUUUAGGAAAAACAAUGGACUGACUGACUUUUUAUAGUUUGCACAGCAAACAUUUUACACAAGUUUUAUUUCUAAUAUGUUUUAUAUGUAGAUAUAGAAGAGUGCACUUUUUGUAUUUCAUAGUAAGCUUAAAGAGUGUCUUUGCAGGUGCAGCAACUUCUUUCAAAUGUGUUGUUUUUGGUUUUUAUUUUGAAAUCGAAAAUCUAGUAAUUUAAGGGGACGGAGAUGCAUAAUUACCCAAUUAUUUUCUUUGGGUAAUGUUUUCAGUCAUAAAAUUGAUCCCAGAUUGACAUAACAGUGAUGGGGCAGCAGUCAUGGGUCAAGAUGAGCUACUUUCUAUCAGCAUGGAUUUAAAUGCCUCUGUACCACACAAGCACCAUUUUGCUCAUUCUUUGUGGUUCUGUAACCUGAAAAUCUGCUGCAGUUUUGUCACGUAUGGAAUUGCCCUCGUGGGGAAAUUGAAAGUACUUCAAUACCUGCAGAGUUAUGCAGUUUCCAUUAAUUCUGUCAUUUUAAAGAUUACUCUUGGUGGUUUAACAAUGUAAAUGUAAAGCAUGUCUCAAACUAGUGUAUGGGCUUUGUUUAUGAAGUUAGCCAUGUAGAUUUGAAAGAUGCUUCUGCACCUUAAAAAACAAAACCACACACACACACACACACAAACAAAAAAACCCAACCCUGCCUAUCUGAAGUUGGCAACCCAAACACACAAAACGAAGUGGAGAGGUAUGAUUAGUAAUGAAUGUAUGGCAUUUAAAUGAAUUUACUUUCUCUCCUAAAGCUGUUAGAUGGCAACCUCUAGGUUCCCCCACUUUAUAUCUUAAAUUCUGCCACUGAAUCGGGAUGUAGCAGCCACAGCUUCUUUUACCUGUCCCCACUGCCGCCGCCACCACCUGCCCUUCCUUCAUCAGUUUCCCCCAACCCCAGCUUGCCCUCUGGUAUACUUGGAAUCCUACCUACUGCAGCAAGUGGGGAGGGCAGGUGGGGGCCUGGGCUAGAGAAGCCAUGACUGCCUGCACUUUUAAUUCAGCAGUUGAUUUAAAGGUGUAGAGGGGAUAUCUGGAUUGCAGUCUAACAACCCUAUUCAUAGCCAGUAAGUCAGUUCAUCGUUUGCUAUAAAACACGUAUUUUUACCUUAUCAGGAUUAUUGGAUUAAAAAUAUUUUUAUAAAUUCUCUAAGAAUUGGGAUGCCGGCUGUAUUGAGCAUGAGAACAAUUGUUUAGUACUCCUAUUUGGAAGGUUAUGAAAACAGUCCAAAUUGAAUAAACAUGCCUGUGCUAUAUUCUGCUAUAGAUCUCUGCUAUCCCAUAGUGGUACAGUCUAUUUAACUGUUGUACAAAAAGGGCCCACUUCUUAAUGGGAUGUUGGAUAUUCCUUAGCAUUAAUUUGUAUACUAUGUAAACUAAUGGUCAAAUUGCAUUUCAGUCAAUAUUGAAGCUUGAAUCUCAAUACAUUUGAGUAGGUAUUCAGGUUAGUAAAAAAACCCACAAUCAAUCUUGUAAGCAAGAUAAAAGCCUUAGUACCUCUCACCAAUUCAAAUAUGCAAAUAUAAACUUCUGAACUGGGAUUAUUAUUUUUUCCUCUUGCCUAGCUAUCAUUGCAGCUCUAAUCUUUAAUUUUUAUAUCCAUAUUAUUAGAUCAUUUGUAGGAUGAAAUACAGUGGAUUUCUCACAACAAUGCUUGGCUAAUGCCCCAAAUGUAACAUACUGGACAGCAUCAGCACAUUCAGAGAUAGUGGCGAUAAACCAGCCUUACAGCACUGCAGUUCAGUGCUCUUUAAAAAAAAAAAAAAAUCUCCAUAUAUUUUCAAUUUGCAUAUAGCUGUCUGUACAGCCUGUUGUUGACAAUACUGGAAGUUGGCAUUUUCUCAUUGCUUCCUUUGAAUAAUAGAUCCUGUAGGCUUUAUAGCAUAGCUAUACAGUAGCUAUUUGGAGGAGCUAGGAAGGUGUUCUCUACACAUUUUCCUUAAACUCAAGUUGAUAUGAUCAAUUGACAUUAAUGCAAGUCUUGAUUCAGCAAAGCUUUCAUGAGUACACUUGAUUUCCCUGUUCCUUUUGGUGGGAUUUGAACAGGGUUAGCAUCUCUCAGCCAUUUCCAUUCUCCUGUGUGAGUAGAUCUCUCAGGUUGGAAGUCCUUGUCCUGUUCCCAGGCUAUAUCAGACCCAAUCCAAAUCAUAUGACCACAGCAUGUAUGUAUGUAUGUUUAAAAACCUCCAUAUGAUAUGGGUUCUCUGUGGCUCCUUUCACAUCCUUAAUCAGCUUCCAAUACGGAUUGGCUGCAAAGGACCCACAGUGGUCACUAGGGACAUACAGCUUAUGUGAGGACAACAUAAGCUUAGAGAUGUUAUGGGAGCCACGUGGAGUCCUUACUAUGCUGAAAUGCCAUACUUCAGUUUCCAUUAGGUCACCAUCAAAGUUCUUGUAUUUUUCCUUUUCUCAUAUUGCACAGGAACAAUACUGAGCACUGGAUAAACAUGGCAACAGAAGUGGAUAAGAAUUCCAUGAUCUCUAUAGCCUUGCAGAAAGAGAAGGAAAAACCUAAUCCUAGCCUUAGAACAUUAGAAAAUAUAACAGCCGGGGGCAGCUGAAGGAUGACAGUUUUAUAUUCAAGAUGUUCUGGAGUACUUCACUUAAGCCUUAAAUACCACAUUAAUACCAAUGCACUGACUAGCGAUGUAAAAGUUGCUUUAACCCAUAAUUGCUAUUUGCGCUUCUGGAUUUUUCUUUUCUUUUCAGAAGGAGUUAAAAUGUGAAAGUAUGUUUACAAGAAGUUUGUUUAAGAAAGCAUUAGUAUAAUGUAGCAGACUUAAAAGCAUACUAAUAAAGCCACUAAUAAAGUCUUAAUAAAGCCACAAAACUAAAACUUCA